AUGGCGCGGAGAACCUACGAUCCAGAAUACCAUAACACCGCACCGCUCGAAUAUCUCGACCUUUCUCUAGCGUUGGGCAUGACGCAUGACGCACGGACACUCAUUCUGAAAGCCUACUGCGAAGUCCGAUGGGACUUCGAUCUGCUCUGGAACGAGCUCGUGAUUCGGCUCCACGACUUCGGCAAUGUGCGGGCCAUCAACCCUUAUACCUUCAACGGUUUACGAAUGAACUUCCACGUCGCACAUACGCUGGGAAUCCUGGAUCAGACCUAUGAAGGCCGCUACAAGGACUUCCUCAACAGGCUGGUCGCAGAACAACCGGUCUAUACCGAUCGACCAAGCAACGUCGAGGAGAUCACGAGCACUUCUCGGAAAGGCCCCUACGUUUUCUCCGAGCUACAUAGAGCUCUCCGCUUCGUCGCCAACAACGAACCAGCGGUUUGGGCCAUCGCCAAUGGAGAGUUCGCCUUCCUCGUCGCCAUUGUGUGCGAUCUUUUCCGCAAAACGGCUUAUAUACCUUCGACUGAAACUGUGGAAGCCCUGACCGACUACGUUGUUCACAACUUGUCGGUUCUGGUGUCCGAUCCCCUAAGCAGCGUAGCUCUCUCGGCAGAGGAGAUCCUCGAAGAUACACCCCACGAGUACAUAGCUUGGGAGCUCUUCUACUGGUACAUCCAGGCCACUCUCCGCUCGGUUGGAGAGCAUGCGCGUGCCGAAAUAUCGCGAAGGUACGCGACCAGCGAGUUUAGCCGAUUCGUGGAAUUAGGGUUUCCAGCCGUUGCGAACUAUGUACCUGGGCAUCUGAGCAAUUGCCGGAUUCCGCCUUCCCUCAUCGACCGAUGGCAGCACUACGAUCCGGCGGCACUCGAAGAUGUGCGGUUCGAAGCUGUCGGACCCCGAAUCAAGGCCAAUCGCAUCGCAGGCCCGGCUCACGCCCUAACGGAUCCAGCUUGCUGUAUCUGCUUGGAGAACUAUUUCACGAAAAUGGGGCUGGGCGAAACGGGCCGGUGGAAGGUAGCAUGCGGCCAUGUUUUUCACGCCCACUGUAUCGAGCGCUGGGUCAACGGCAUCGAGCCAAGCUCUCCUCUCUGCCCGCUUUGUAGGACCCCGAUCUAUUGGCCGCGUGAGCGCCGGCCGAUUAUACCUUCGCCUGCUGGAUCCGGCUAUGAUCAGAGCGUACAUGGUCCACAUCGCGCGGGAGGCAACGCCACCAGUAAUGGUUCUACCUACGAUAGUAGCUCGGCUCCAGCCCCUCGGAACCAGUACGGCGAAGACACUGCCACCCUCACAGAAUCCGCGACUUAG